AUCAUUAGUGUAAUCACAGUGAUGCCAUUGAAAGUAGUAGUAAUUUUGCCAAGUAGAACCAACCCCAUAAUGUUGAUUUUUGUUCUGUAUGCAAAGGUUACAUAGGAUUCACUAUCAUUACUACCUACUUCAAUCAUGUCUACACUGCUGAAUACGGUGUCUCCAGCUACAAAUUUAUCAGCAAAAAUAAAAAGAAACGGUUAUGGUUUCUUGUAUUCCCAGGUUACAAAUCUUCAUACUUUUUCCCUCAACAAGGGUUUUUCUAGUGUUUUGGCUUUGGCCCAGAUUACUAUUUCUCCAAAAGAUUCUGUCUUUACUCUGCCCAAUUGGAAAGUUGGGAAGAAUGACCAAAAAAGUAAGGAGCUAAGGAUUAAUGAUGCAUUUCUUCAUUUAGAGUAUAUGGUGGGUAAGGGCCAUAAGCCUGAGGUAACUCAAGCAACUCAGCUUUUGUAUGAUCUUUGCAAGUCCAAUAAAGCAAGGAAAGCUGUUAAGGUGAUGGAGAUGAUGGUAGAUUCAGGUAUUAUACCUGAUGCAGCUUCCUACAUAUACUUGGUCAAUUAUUUGUGCAAGAGAGGCAAUGUUGGGUAUGCAAUACAAUUGGUUGAAAAGAUGGAAGGGCAUGGCUUUCCAACUAAUACUGUUACCUAUAACACAUUAGUUAAAGGGAUUUGCAUACAUGGGAAUUUAAACCAUGGCUUGCAGCUUUUAGAUAGAUUAACAAAGAAGGGCUUGGUCCCAAAUGCAUUCACAUAUUCUUUCUUGCUUGGAGCUGCUUAUAAGGAAAGGGGUGUAGAUGAAGCCAUGAAUCUUCUAGAUGAGAUAAUUGCCAAAGGUGGGAAGCCUAAUUUAGUUAGUUACAAUGUGUUGUUAACUGGGUUGUGCAAGGAAGGUAGAACUGAAGAAGCUAUUAAGCUUUUCAGGGAAUUGCCUGCAAAAGGGUUCAAUCCUAGUGUUGUGAGUUAUAACAUUUUACUAAGGAAUUUGUGCUAUGAAGAGCAGUGGGAGGAAGCAAAUGAACUCUUGGAAGAGAUGGAUAAAGUUAACUUGUCUCCUUCUGUUGUUACUUACAACAUAUUAAUUACUUCUCUUUCCCUGCAUGGAAGAACCAACCAAGCUUUCAAAGUUUUAGAUGAAAUGACAAGGAGUGGGUUCAAGGUGACUGCUGCAAGCUAUAAUCCAAUUAUUGCCCACCUUUGCAAGGAAGGGAAGGUGGAUCUUGUUGUUCAGUGUCUAGAUCAAAUGAUUCAUCGACACUAUAAUCCUAAUGAAGGAACAUACAAUGCUAUAGCUAUGCUUUGUGAGCGAGGGAAGUUGCGGGAAGCUUUCUUUAUAAUCCAAAGGUUAGGUAGUAAACAAAGCUACCCUAUGCAUGACUUUUACAAAUAUGUGAUUUCAAGCUUGUGUAGGAAAGGGAACACAUAUCCAGCUUUUCAGGUAUUAUAUGAAAUGGCAAAGUAUGGAUUUACUCCAGAUUCCUAUACUUAUUCAUCUUUGAUAAGAGGAAUGUGUAGAGAGGGAAUGUUAGAUGAGGCUAUUGAGAUAUUCAGGAUUUUGGAAGAAAAUGACUAUAGGCCUGAUAUUGAUAACUACAAUGCACUAAUACUUGGAAAUUGCAAAUAUCAAAGAACAGACUUGUCAAUAGAGAUACUUCAGAUGAUGAUUCACAAAGGAUGUAUGCCUAAUGAGACAACCUAUACCAUACUUGUUGAAGGGCUUGCUUGUGAAGAAGAAAUGGAUAUAGCAGCCGAGUUGUUGAAAGAGUUAUAUGUGAAAGAGGUUGUGAGCCAAAGUACUUUUGAAAGACUUUCUAUGCAAUACGACUUCAAGGAAUAAAAGGGUUAGAGAUAUAUAUCUUCAAAAGUAUAAAACAAAUGAAAGUAAGUAGGGUUAUGACUGAUGACUACUUUCAGAUAUGAAUGGAGUUUUCUCAACUUAAGUACUUGAUAUAGAUUGUUUUUGGUCAGUGAAACAGAGUUCCCAAAUGCUUGAAAUUUUGAUUGGAUUGAAUGUUUAGAGAUGAAUGAUGAAAAGGUUCAAGCAGAGAAUUUUAUUACUGACAGCAUUUUCUUCCAUGCUUUAAAUUUCAACGCUGCUUUUGUGAAUGGAGAGAUCUUAGUUCUUUAAAUAAUGUGUACUAUUCAUUUGUCGAUUUGUUGAUUUACUACUUGGAACACAAAUUUGUUUUGUGUUUGCCAAUCUCAUUGCUGUGUACUAUCAUUUACUGCUGUUGUAAAUGCUGAAGUCUCGGCAGAUUGUUGCUCCCUACUUUCCU